AUGGCGUCAAUCAAGACCAUCAUCAUUGACCUUCCAGUAGGUAAAAUAUCCGUCGCAGGCGAUGGCCAGCUCAUUCGAGCUCGAGGAAUUCGAUACGCAUCCGCCAGUCGCUUCCAGCGUCCUACCCCUAUCGACAAAUGGAAGGACACAAAAGACUGUACGGAUCCAUCACCGAUCUGCCCUCAGACUGUGCCUUCCCGAUUAGAUUCUGUCACCGGACCCAUCACAGCAGGGCGCGACCAAGAUGAAGACUGUCUUCACGUGACAGUAACUACAACUGUGGAUGCGCUUUCGGGCGGACGCAAACUACCAGUCAUGGCGUAUCUACACGGAGGGGCUUACGUCUCGGGUGGCGCGGAUCUGGAUGGCUACCAGCCAACUGGCCUAGUGGAGAGAGGUGUCGUCGGUGUCAACAUCUCCUAUCGACUCGGAGUCUUCGGAUUUCAGCCAAUACCGGAUAUCGCUCCCGCGAACCUUGGGUUGUUGGACCAGGUGGAAGCUCUUCGCUGGAUCAAGGAAAACAUAGCUGCGUUCGGCGGUGACCCCGACAAUGUUACACUCUUUGGACAAUCUGCCGGAGCGGGCUCAAUCUACUGCCUCAUGCUUGCAGAGGGGACCGACCGUCUAUUUCACAAAGCCAUACUACAAAGUGCGCCUCUGGAAGUAUGGACGCCGGAUCGGGAAGAGAUGGUUCGCUCGCUGGGUUGCCUUGCCCGAGAAAGACUCAUCACCGAUACCAGGCCGAGGAGUUCCCAGGAGAUGCUGUCCUUACAGACUGAGCUUCUGCUCGCUGCUAAGGGACAGUUGCCGUUCGGUCCACUUAUGGGACAUGCACCGUUACCCACCCAUACCGAAGUAUCUGAGAAGAUCCGCCUGGUAGCGCAACGAAUACCUAUCAUGCUUGGAUACACUAAGGAUGAGGGCGUCCCAUUCGUCCGAAUGAACAAGACCUUACGUCCUUAUAUUAAUCUGAGUUUGAUUGGACAGUUUAUUGAGCGAAUAGCAACUUGGUUCGUUUCGGGAAAGGUGUUCAAGUGGCUCACCGAUCGCCUCAACAACCAAUACUUGGAGGCGGGGGGUCAGGCAACACUCUACCGUUUUCAGUGGCACCCUUCGCAUAGCUCAUUGCGGGCGGCCCACUGCAUCGAGCUGCCGUUUCUCCUUGGCUCCUGGGAGUCAUGGAAAACAGCACCUAUGAUAGGAGGAGACGCAUCUCGAGACGCUGUGGACGGUUUAGGUGACAGACUUAAAGAUGUCUGGGUGGAGUUUGCCAACCAUGGAAACGACAAUAUUCAGGGGUUUACAGUCACCGGCGACGAGACAAAAUGGAACAUUGUGAAUCAUUGA